AUGAGUACAGACAGAGUAGAGAUAUAUACACAGCCACCCCAACAAAACCAAAGAAGUGACUCUAUUGAAGAGUCGAUCACAACGAAACUCGAGGAACUUAUCGAAAAACAUCCAAUAUUACCAGAAGAAAUGCUUGAAGGGGAAGAAAAUGGAAAUGGAGAUGGAGAUAAAGGCCAAGAGCAAGAAGAAAAUGAGUCAAAGUCAAAGGCUCAUUCAAAACAAGAGCGGGAAAAAGAGGAUAUCGAGAUGGCCCAUUAUACUACACGUAGACACAAAGAAAUACUGGAUUCUGAACCAGAAACCGAGUCAGAAGGAGAAGGAGAAGAAGAAGAAUAUGGUCUAGAGAUUGAUCAUGACGGAAUGGAGGUGCCUCAGGGGAAGAUCCCACUUGAUGGUCAGUUUUCCACUGAUGAAUUGAGGAAAAUAAUUGAAGUUGCUCAAGAAAAGGGAAUACUAAGUGAAGAGGUUGACUUGAAAGUGGUUGAUUCGGGUGAAAUUGGAGAUAGGAUAAGAUUGGCAGAUGCUAAAGCUAAGGAAGACAGGGAAAAGGAAAAGGAAAAGGAAAAAGAAAAGGAAAAGGAAAAGGAACAAGAGAAAGAGAAAGAAGAAUGA